GAGCUUCGCUUAAAGCAACAUUGUUAUCCUAGUUCAACACAUCGUGGCAAGUGAAAGCUGAGCGGUAGAACGCGCCUUAAGACCCCAAGUGACGUGGUUAAGACAAAACACACACAAAGCAGAGCCAGAUACUAUACGUAUAUAUAACACCGAUAAAUUUGUUAGCCACAAAAACCGCAAGCAAGCGAGCAAGCGAGCCAGAGCCAAGACGACAAUGACAGCCCCAAGGAAGCAAGUGCAACAGUGCCUGGGCCUCAGUCUCGGCCUGAGCAACAUGCUGGCCUGGCUGCUGCCAUUACUGCUCCUGCUGCUGUUGGCCGUGCCGCCGCAGCCCUGCGAGAGCCGCUAUCUGCCCACAAGGUCGCACGGCGACGAUUUGGACAAGUUGCGUGAACUGAUGCUGCAGAUUUUGGAGUUAAGCAAUGAGGAUCCACAGCAGCAGCAGCAGCAGCAGCAACUACAACAACACCCAAUGCUGCGUCUGCGCAAUGAGGCCAACGUGAAUUCCCUCGUACCCCAGCGUAGUUCCAACUCCGGUUGGCCUCAAAAGCUCGGAUCAUUAGACUCAGAUGCCUAUGGACGCUAUUAGACAACCGAAAUAAUGCUGAAGACCCCCUCUGAAAACAAAGAUGAUAUGAAAAAUGCCACCCAAAGGUUUUAAACAAAAAUUCUAAAAGAGCGAAGAACGAAAAACGAAGAAACUAAUAAGAACUAAUGAGGUUCCUAUGUUAGCACAAUAAUUUUAAACUUUUACAUUAUAUGUAUAUUACAAAUGUAUUUAUGUAUGAAUAUGUAUAUGCCCCAAAACAGCAGCAACAAAUGUUGAGCUCUUUUUAUAUAGUAUUAGUGUUGUAUUUGUUUUUUCUUUUGAGGCUCGCGUGAAGACAAUUGUAAAUAUUUCCCCCCCAGAAGUGGGGGACGCGCGUGCAUGUUUUGGCAUGAAGGCUGGCUAUGAGUUUUAAAUAAAAUGAAAUAUGUAUGUACCACAUACCUACUUACUUACAUAGUUAAAGUGUUGAGGCUAAAAUUUGGUUGUUAAUUUGUGGCACUAAAUUAAAAGAAGCCGCCGCCACUGACCUUCAAGUGGCGUUACAAGUUCAGAUUCAGAUUUCAGACCUCAGUUGCUGGUUCAUAAACCUCGACAGCCUAUUUUUAGUUCGGUUUUAUGAUGCGAUAUAAAUAUGAUGUAGCCAUAUAUAUGUAUAUAUAUAUAUGUAUAUCUAAGUAUAUAUGUAUGUACAUCGGCCUAUACUUACAAUUGUACAUUUAAUUGUUGUUAACUUGCGUUAUUAAAACUCAAUAAAAAUCAUUUUCAAUGCAAAUUA